GAAAAAUGUAAAUUGUUUUAUUGUUUAUAUUUAUUAUAAAAUAGUUAUUCCUAUAUGAAAUAUAAUGUCAGAGUUGGACAAUUUUAGUAAGCAAAAGAUUUCGGCUUCGAAGGCUGUAAACGACGACGAAAUAGUUACAGAAAGGACCGUGUACGUUUGUGAAUUUUGCGACAAAGUGUUUUCUAGAAAUUCCAACGUUAAGAGACAUAUAGCGGACAUUCAUUUCCCCAAAAGUGAGCCGAAGGAGAAGUUCAUUUGCCAUUUGUGUUCGAAGAGCUACACUCACAAAAACUCCCUAACGUUGCACCUGAGAAAGUGCGGUUUAAGCGAUCAGAAGCACAGAAAUGACGCAUAUGAUUGUAGCAUGUGUGAUCAAACCAAAAUCCACAACAUUUCCGAACAUUACAGGGCUGAUCAUGACGUAGACUUGUCUGUACGAAAAUUUACAUUCGACAAUUUGACUGAGUUUUCCAAAUGGAAAGAGGAAAUCGAAGAAAGCACUAUAUCUAAUUACGUGCUGAAAUCCAAAAGCCAGCAUAAGGAUAAAUUAAUUUACUAUUACCGCUGUCACAGGGACGGUUAUUACAGACCCUGCGACCAGAAAAAGAAUAUACGAAGGAAUAAAAGUUACAAAAUAAACGGGCAUUGUCCCGCAAAAAUGACUGUCUCAGUAUUAAACGAGUCAGGUAUCGUCUCUGUCUCGUACAUGCCAACGCACGUAGGACAUACAAUGGACUUAAAAACUAUACCUCUUAAACCUUCGGAGCGGAUUUUCCUCGCUGAAAAGAUCCUCAAAAAAGUACCCUUCGAUGUUAUUCUGCGAGAAGUUAAAGACAACUUAAACGAAGAGAGUUCUCAGAGGCUCCAUUUGUUGACUAGACAAGAUUUGGUUAACAUCGAAAGGGCUUAUAGUCUGAGCAGUCACGCUGUAAGACAAAGCUCCUCGGUAUCGAAGAAAAAUGGAAAGAAACUUGAAGAUGAUUCGGAUGUUGCCGAUAACUUUUUAACCAAUGGUCAAGCAUUGGCUGAAGAGCAAGAGGCCGAAAUGGUGGAUGUGAAAAACGAAUCGAAAGAUGAAGAGUGCCCUGCGAGCGAUUCUAGUGAUGUUAAAAAUAGCGAUUUGCUGGAGCACAAGAAUUUGUUGCUGAAUAGUUUUUGUGAUUUGGUGAAUAAGGCCACCACGGUUCAUCAGUGUAAUGUGAUACAAAAUACUUUAGUCUCUCUAGAAACGUUACUUAAUACAUUUGCUUCGAAUAAAAAUAGUUAA